GCAAGUCUAGAUGCAUAGUCCUAAACUCCUUGAUUGAGCCCCAGGACAAGUGGAAUUGUUCUAUCUUUCUGAGUCUGUCUCUCUGCACCGCCGAGAUGCCAGUUUUGGACCGAGAGCCCUCCAGAGAUUCAGGAGGGGGAGAUGGUCUUCCUAAACUGCCGCUGCCCGCCCUGAAGGACACACUGGACAUGUACCUGAGCUGCAUGAAGCACCUACUCACAGAGGAACAGUUCAACAAGACCCAAAAUGUAGUGAAGCAGUUUGGAGCCCCAGGAGGAGUGGGGGAGCUUCUUCAGAGCAAACUCAUGGAGAGGAGGGAGAACAAGGCAAACUGGGUGUAUGAGUACUGGAUGAAUGACAUGUACCUGAACAACAGACUGGCUCUGCCCGUCAACUCCAGUCCUGUGAUGGUCUUCCCUCUGCAGCACUUCAGGGCUCCCAUCGACUCUUUAAGGUUCGCUGCACACAUGAUUUCUGGAGUUCUUGAGUACAAGACUCUUCUUGAUUCUCGUUCCCUGCCUGUGGACUACGCCAGGGGCCAGCUGGCAGGAACCCCUCUGUGUAUGGAGCAGUAUUAUCGCCUCUUUACUUCCUACCGCCUGCCGGGAACUGAGAGGGACACGCUGGUGGCCCAGGAGAGUAGCGUGAUGCCAGAACCUGAACACAUCAUCGUGGCUUGUAAAAACCAGUUCUUUGUUCUGGAUGUGGUGAUCAACUUCCGCCGGCUGAAUGAGAGAGACCUGCUGACUCAGCUGGACAAGAUCACCAGGAUGGCUGACAGCGAACAAGAGCAUCUCCCACCCAUUGGUCUCCUCACAUCAGAUGGACGGACAGAGUGGGCUCACGCUCGCAGUGAACUAAUGAGAGAGUCUACUAACAGGGACGCUCUGGACAUGAUCGAGCGUUGUAUGUGUCUGGUCUGUCUGGAUGACCCCUCUGGGCCCGAGCUCAGUGACACCACACGGGCCAUGUUGAUGCUGCACGGUGGGGGGGUGGCCAAGAAUGGGGGCAACCGCUGGUACGACAAGCCCAUGCAG